AUGUCUUUCCUGUCUAAUAACUCUAAUGCAACCCCAUCAAGCAAGAUGUAUUUUGGUCGACCUAAUACUUCAUCAGGUCCUGAAGUGGUCACCACCCCUUUGCUUUCGAACGGUGUUAGCGCCACUCAAACCUUUUAUAUCGUUGAGCUUCAAGGCAUUAGUGUUGGAGCCAACAAUAUCACACUUAAUGCAGAUGCCAAGGCCUUUAAGGGUAACAUGAUCAUAGACUCGGGGACUACCUUAACGUACUUGCCGGAGUUGCUUUACGACAGUUUCAAAUCAGCAAUUGAAGAAGAACUUAAAGAUCGAGAUCUGGAAGUGAAGCAAGAUCCGACUGGUUCUGGGCUGUCUUGUUUCUUGACUAAGUAUGAUAUUCUUCCUGGUCCCAAUGUCACUUUCCAUUUUAAAGGGGCAGAUGUGAAGCUAAAAUCUGCCAACACUUUUGUUAGGAUGGAUGAUGAGACUGUUUGCUUAGCAUUCUCCCGAGGCAGCGGUGUCGGAACCUAUGGGAAUUGGGCACAGAUAAACUACUUGGUCUCCGAUGAAGGCGAUGUACUCUAUGUUUUUCCCAGAGAUUAUCGAGCAAAACUUGUAGGCAGAUCUUUCAUAAUGAGAGUUGAGCCGCUGCUUGAGAAGGAAAAGGCUGGGGCUGAGUAUUUAGCAAGGGUUUCAUUUGGAACUACUCUGAUUGCUUCCAUUAUUCUUGUGUUCGCUGCAAUUCUUGUUGCCCUUAUAGCCAUUGCCUUAAAGUAA